AUGGUUGGAAUCGGUCCUAAACGUCCUCCAUCCCGCAAGGGUUCGAGACACGAAUUGCCCCAGAACCUCCUGAAACAGAUCAAGGAGCUGGAAGAUAUCUUCACGGUCGAUCGGGCCAAAUUGAAGCAGAUCGUGGACCACUUUGUCAAGGAACUGGAGAAGGGCCUCACCGUCGAGGGGGGGAACAUUCCCAUGAAUGUCACCUGGGUCAUGGGAUUCCCUGACGGCAACGAACAGGGUACAUUCCUGGCUUUGGACAUGGGUGGCACCAACCUACGAGUCUGUGAGAUCACUUUGACCGACGAGAAGGGCGCCUUCGACAUCACCCAGUCCAAGUACCGCAUGCCCGAGGAAUUGAAGACCGGAACCGCCGAGGAGCUCUGGGAGUACGUCGCCGACUGUAUCCAACAGUUCAUCGAGUACCACCAUGAGAAUGAAGACCUCGCCAGUCUGCCCUUGGGUUUCACCUUCUCCUACCCGGCCACUCAGGAGUACAUCGACCAUGGCGUCCUGCAGCGCUGGACCAAGGGAUUCGACAUCGACGGCGUCGAGGGCCAUGACGUGGUUCCCCCCUUGGAGGAGGCCCUCCAGAAACGAGGCCUCCCCAUCAAAACCGCGGCGCUGAUUAACGACACCACCGGAACCCUUAUUGCCUCGUCCUACACCGAUUCGGACAUGAAGAUCGGCUGCAUCUUCGGCACGGGUGUCAACGCAGCCUACAUGGAGGAUGUCGGUUCGGUGCCCAAGCUGGCCCACGUGAACCUGCCCCCGGAUAUGCCGGUGGCCAUCAACUGCGAGUAUGGCGCGUUUGACAACGAGCACGUCGUCCUGCCGCUGACCAAAUACGACCACAUCAUCGACCGUGACUCCCCCCGUCCCGGCCAGCAGGCAUUCGAGAAGAUGACGGCCGGCCUCUACCUGGGCGAGAUCUUCCGCCUCGUCCUCCUGGACUUCGUGGAGAGUCGACCGGGCCUGAUGUUCAAGGACCAGGAUACUUCCCAGCUGCGGAAGCCGUACCUUUUGGACGCGUCGUUCCUGUCCGCUAUCGAGGAGGACCCGUACGAGAACCUGCAGGAAACCCGGGAGCUGAUGGAGCGGCGACUGAACAUCCUGGCCACCCAAGCCGAGCUGGAACUGAUCCGGCGUUUGGCCGAGCUGAUCGGCACGCGUGCAGCGCGCCUGUCGGCAUGCGGAGUGGCGGCCAUCUGCAAGAAGAAGAACAUCCAGUCGUGCCACGUGGGUGCCGACGGCUCGGUCUUCACCAAGUACCCUCACUUCAAGGCCCGUGGGGCACAGGCCCUGCGGGAGAUCCUCGACUGGAUGCCGACGGAGAAGGACAAGGUAUCCAUCCUGGCGGCCGAGGAUGGAUCCGGUGUGGGAGCCGCACUGAUUGCGGCCUUAACCCUGAAGCGUGUCAAGACGGGUAACCUAGCGGGUAUCCGAAACAGGGAUGCCAUGCAAAAGUUGCUGUAG